UGAUGGAAGUGAAAGAGGAGAGUCAAGCUGAAGUGGAUGAGAAACAUCAGAUUGUAAAAAUAAACCAUAAUGUUUCACAGAAAGAAACUCUGAAGACAGAAGACAUAAAGUGUGAAAAUAGUUUCAGUGAAGAUGAACGCCGUGCAGAUCACAAGAGGACUCACAGUGAGGAGAAACCUUUCACAUGUCAACAGUGUGGAAAGAGUUUUAGAACAAAAGAUUACCUUAAAGCACACAUGAGGAUUCACACUGGAGAGAAACCACACGCAUGCCAUGAGUGUGGAAAGAGUUUUAUAACUGCAGGUAACCUUAAGAUACACAUGAGGACUCACACCGGAGAGAAACCUUACACUUGUCAACAAUGUGGAAAGAGUUUCUCUGUUGAAAGUAUCCUUAAAAUACACGCAAGAAUUCACACAGGAGAGAAACCUUACAAAUGCCAUGAGUGUGAAAAGCAUUUCAGAACUAAAUGUAGCCUUAUAACACACAUGAGAAUUCACAAAGGAGAGAAACCUUACAGAUGUCCUCAGUGUGGAAAGAGUUUCAGUAGUAAACAAGGACUUGAGAUUCACAUGACAGUUCACACUGGGGAGAAACCUUUCACAUGCCAUGAGUGUGAAAAAUGUUUCAGAUGUAAGAGUAGCCUUAUAAGACACAUGAUAAUUCACGGAGAGAAACCUUACUUGUGUUUUCAGUGUGAAAAGAGUUACAGUAAUAAACAUGGACUUGAGAUUCACAUGAGAAUUCACACUGGAGAGAAACCUUACAUAUGCUCUCAGUGUGAAAAGAGUUUCACAAGUAAAUUUGCUCUUAAGACACACAUGACAGUUCACAGCGAAGAGAAACCGUUCACAUGCCAUCAGUGUGGAAAGAGUUUUACAAUGAAACGUAACCUUAAUGAACACCUAAGAAUUCACACUGGAGAGAAACCAUACGUGUGCCAUGAGUGUGAAAAGAGUUUCACCUUUCAAUCUGUCCUUAUCCGGCACAUGAAAGUUCACAGUGGGGAAAAGCCACACGCAUGCCAUCAUUGUGACAAGAGUUUCCCAGAUACAACUCAACUUGAGAUGCACAUGAGGUCUGAGAAACAUUACAUUGGAGAGAAACCGUUCAUUUGUCAUCAGUGUGGAAAGAGUUUUACAGUGAAAUGUAACCUUAAUAGACACGUGAGAAUUCACACCGAAGAGAAACCUCACAUGUGUCAUCAAUGUGGAAAGAGUUUCAGGACAAAAUAUAACCUUAAUGCACAUUUGAUCACUCACACUAAAGAGAGACCGUUCACAUGCCAUGAGUGUAAAAAGAGUUUCAAAACAAAAGCUUACCUUAAAAAACACGCAAGAUUUCACACUCCGUAGAAACCAUUCAUGUGUCAACAGUGUGGAUAUGGCAACAACGUUUAGAAAUCAGCUGAGGUCUUAUUAAUAAAACUGUCUGGAGGAUCUUUACUAAAAGUCUACAUGCACACAAAAGCCCAAAAUGGUGUACAGCAAAAAGAUUCAGGCCGUUUCUCAAUAUGUGUUCUUGUCUGUACUUGUUUUGUUGUGAAACGUCAUCAGUCGCGGCCCAAGUACUGUUCCAGUUCCAAUUUCACAUCAAGUCAAGUUCACAUAACAUCUCAGGAUAUGUUCUUGAUUUGCUCAUUUUAUCGAGGAUGCAUCAGAAGGUGACUUGUGUGGACUUAUGAUAGACAAGUUUCUCAGAAUACAUUUUGCGUCAACAACAGUGGAGCUUAAAACCGGCACAAUAUUUGAAAUAUUAUUAUAUUUAACUUAAGUCCUUUAAGGACUCUCAUCGGGAUGAGGAUGCGAAACUAGACGUUUCCAGCAUACCUCUAAGUUUGUGCCAGGCCUAGGCAUUGUCUUUUCAUUUACAAAGGAUUGUCUGCAUCAAGCUGUUUUUUUCUCUCAUCAAUCCUUUCAGCCAAGAUCAACUGAAGCCUUAUCAAACUUUAUCAGGACACUUUCUUUUAAUGGGCAAGACAUGCAAGUAUCAUACUUAGUUAAAAGUGAAUAAUGAUGCGUGAUGCAUCAGUGAAUAAAACUAAGGUGCAUUCGCAUUAAGUAACUGAUGGUUCGUUUUAGGCUUUGACCUGCUGAAUUACAAAUACUGCCAAAACUUCAUGCUUUAUUCUUUUCUCUACUUCAACCUUUACCUUCUUUCGAUGCUGAACUGUAUGUAUGUGUGCGUGUUUGUAUGUUUUAGAGUAGUAUGUGUUUAGUUAGUCAAUAAAGUCUGAUUUGUAUCACACAUGAUGUUAUUUUGUAGUUCAUGCUCAUAAUCUGGAGUCACUAAUCAUUAAAGGUAUCGCUACCUGCUCUUAAAGCUGUUGGAUCCUUUUCAGGAUAUUCAUCUCUUAAGCCAAGAGAGCUAUAUCCUUAUAUAGUCUAAAGUGUCUUACUAAACAUUCACUGAACGAGUGUUGGCCAGACACCCAAGACCUUAAUUUGACCCACAUACUUAUAAUUGAUUACAAUCCAUUGUAAGUACUUUACAUUUGAGCUUAUGUUUGUUUGCCUUAAUUGGGAUGGUGGAGAAUGUUUUUAAAAUAUUCAUAAUAAAUAUAAUUAAUUACCAUAAGCCCCUCCUUUAGAAUCACUACAUAGCAUUCUCCUAUAAAUUGUUAGAAAUUUGAUAUGAUUUUUGUCAAUUAUUUUUUUUUCAGUAAUUUAGAUAAUAUAUGCCUUUUAAACCAUUCUUUAAAACAUUCUAAUUUUUAAUGCAGGAAAACCCUGCUGCAAUAAUCAGACGAUGUCAGCAUAAUUUUAAAUUGACAUGCAAUAAUAACUUUUAUUUAAAACAUUUAAUCCCAGAUUUAAAUUAAAUGAAAAUCACAUCAAAACCCUCUAAUUUAUUUAAAAAAUUUUAAAUCUCCCAGGUCCAAACAUAGAUUCAGAUCUGUAAUUAAUGCGUGAGAAAACAAGUGAAUCAUUACACCCCUAUAACAUGAAAGUCAAUCUUAACACGAGGGUCAAAGUUAGAAAUAAACCCAUUAUCUGUUAUAAAUACA